UGAAUACAAAUGUGAACAGUCGGUAAAACGUAUGAUUUAGGUUAAUUUUUAAUGAUUUAAUUGUCGUCCGUUUAAAUGAUCUCGCGUUAUAACAAAAGUGAUAUCGAGUAAAUAGACUACGGUCUUACGAUUAAAAACAUUGACAAUGCCAUAAUGAUGAAGUUUAUCGAAUUAUUGACGACCUGUGUCGUUUUUCAAUAUCUAAUUUCUUUUUGUACGACACAUUUACUUAUAAACGUGAAAAAUCAAGGUGGUGAUAUACUUCUUGAAACGAUAUCAUCUAAUGUUACCGAAGAUGUAAUUACGUUGGAAUUUCAACGUUCUGACGGUACACUUGUAACACAAUUGAUAGACUUUAAAAAUGAGGUACAAGUGAUAAAGGCGUUGGUUCUAGGGGAAGAAGAAAGAGGACAAAAUCAAUAUCAAGUUAUGUGCUUUGUUAAUCAUUUUUAUAAAGUCGAUUUUAUAUCCUCCGACGCUAUGUCUAAAUUACGUCAAAAAAAUCCAGGCACGGUACGUGUUGCCGAAGAGGAUAAAGGUCAUGCCAAUUAUACUAUGGACUUGUUUUUGGAUGUCUCUCAAUCCAAGGAUAUUUCUAAACACGUAGCUAGUCUUUGUAACGAAGCAGCUGGUUCAGCUUAUACAAGAAACGAAGAUAUUAAACAAUGGAUUCAAAGGCCAGGCUCCACAGAGACGUCAUUAAUGGCAGCUGUUUACAACUUUACCUCUACUACUGCGUCACAACAAAAUCCUACUGAAACAAGGUCACAGUUUGUCUCUAAAUGCGCUGACACAUCCAAUUUAUGGGUACCUUGUACAUGUUCUUUAGAACUUUGUAUUGGUUGGUAUCCAUGUGGAUUGAAAUUUUGUAAAGGUAAAACCGAAGGUAGAAAAGUGACUAGCACUUAUAGAUGUGGUAUAAAAACUUGUAAAAAAUGUUUUAUAUUCACUUAUUACUCGAAAAUGAAACAAAAUUGUUUAUGGGACGAAUGACAUAUAAGAACGUUAUUAGAUAUCGAUUCAACAUAAAUUUAUCAUUGAAAUAAUGAUGCGAUUAAAUGUGCACUGUUUGUGCCUCGUCACAAAACUACUACGAUAAAAUUCCUAUUGAAUGAACGGUAUCCGUUUGUUCACUUUCAAUUAAUCACUUUGUACAAUAAUUCUAUGAGUAAUCAAACGACGAUAUAUUGGAUAUGAGCUUUUUAUUAAUUAUGCCGAUGAAAAGAUUUAUUUUCAAUAGCGUCAACUUAUUUACAAAAUAAUUAACUUAAUUGUUAACUCGUUUGAAAAACAGUCCUAUCUAAUUUUUUGUUUUGUUUCUCUUUUUUGUUUUUUUUUAUUUUAUUUCUUUUUUAUUUUGGAGAAUAUCAAAUAUUCUCUUUUGCAAGGAUAACUUGCUUCAUUAAAAUUAAGAUUUUAUGUGCACAAACUGUUACAUGUGACUCUUGUUUAGUUUUCUU